AUUCAUAAUGCUAAUGUAUAUAUACAUUCCUUUAAUAGGAUAGAUUUUUGAUGAAUAAACUUCACUUGCUAUAAAGAUAUUCAACUCCUUAGGUAUUUAUUCUGGGCAAUUUAAGGUCCAUUUCCAUUUCUAGUUGUUAAAGAUCAAACUCUUACUUAUGUUGGUCCAGUUUAAAUCGAAGAAGGGUAUAUAUAUCAUAGUAAUAAGAAUGAUUUACUAAGGGGAAUGGUUGGAUGGCAGGAGACAUGGAUUCGGGAAACAACUCUAUUCUUUUGGAUCAAUUUAUGAGGGGGAAUGGAAUAAUGAUUAAUAACAUGGAUUUGGAAGAUUAGUUUUACCAAAUGGAGAUUAGUAUAAUUUCAAUACCAACUUAAGUUAUGAAGGCUCAUGGAUAAGUGAUAAGGCUUGGGGAAUAGGAAAGUAUGUAACUCUUGAUGGAACGACCUAUAAUGGCGAUUGGGUUGAGGAUAAAUAACAUGGAGUAAUGAAUUACAUGAUAUUGAGAAAGGAAUUGAAUAUUGGAAUAAUGGAUAAAGGUAUGAAGGCACCUACUAAUAUGGAUAAAAGACAGGUUAUGGUAUCUUUGAAUGGUCUGAUGGUUCCAAAUAUGAAGGAGAAUUACUGGAUGGUAUGCCACAUGGAAACGGAGAAUAUUGUUGGAAGGAUGGUAAAAAAGUAAGUUCAAUGUUAAUUUAUAGUAUAAAGGAGAAUGGAUGUUAAAUCAAAUGAAUGGUGAGGGAGUUUAUACUUGGCCUGAUGGAAAGACUUAUAAAGGAAAUGUAAGUAAAUUAUUUGAUUUUAAGUUUGAAAAGGAUCAAAGACAUGGAUACGGAGAAUUAGAUUGGUCAGAUGGAAGGAUUUAUAAAGGAUGUUGGAAAAAUGGGAGGUAACAUGGAGAAGGAAUGUUUACAUAUAAUAACAAAGUUCGAAAAGGAGUUUGGGAGAAUGGAUAGCCUAUAAAAUGGGGACAGAGUGAAAUAUUAUCAUUACAAUGA